CCAGAGGAGGCGAACCAGCCCUUGAUCGGAUCCCGACUCCGACUGCUGGGUGGAACAAUGGUAACGCAGUCGGAGCCAGCAUCAACCCGUCGUCCUCCACCGCCCUCAACCAUGGAUUUAUUCUCCACCUCCUCCUGCGUCCGCCGCCGAUUUUCUUGAACCCCUCGCCGGCUUGUCUGACGCUUCCGACGACGACAUGGAUAGUGCGGAAGAUCGACCCUCCUUGGUUGUGGAGGAGAAGGACAAGCAGCCUGUUCCCUUUAGCGACGCUCCGUCUCCAGUGCGCGCUGUGCUCAACCGUCCGUGGCCAUCCUCCGUCGUCAUCCGGCCGGAGGAUAAUCCGUCCGGAAAGUACCGCACUCUGGUGGCCACCGCCAAGGACAUUGGGGACCCGAUCUCGCCGGAGGAGAUAGCCGCGCUGGAGGACAAGGAGGGCGACGACGCAGGCACACGGUUCUACAAGGCAGCUGCUCGGGCCAACGUCGUUAUGAGGAAUUACAUCCAUGAACACGGCAGCCUUUACAUGAUGGACAACUCCGCCCAAGUUGAGGAAAUACGUUGCAAGCAUGCUACAGCAGAAGAAAUGGAAGCGAAGAUAAUGAAGCAAGAGAUGACUAAGGAGCAAACUUAUUUAUCAGAACUGGCUUUAGCGAGUUUCAACAAGAGGAGAAAGGUGAAGUUUGAGUUGUGUGAGACAUUGCUUUCUAGGCUCUUUUACGAGAGCAGCCAUAUUUUUACGCACCUAAAUUUCGUCGCCAAGCGCAAGGAUAAGAAGAAACUCUUUUUGCCGAGAUAGAGGACUGUGGACGGGGUCGUGAAGAGAUCUUGAAAGUACGCUGUUGCGUUCCCCUGGAUUCAUUAUGUGAAGGUGGUUAUUAUUACUACUGUGAUGAUCCUAGACGUGGCUGUAGGAAAGGGUUUGACUUCACACGUUGCUACGGCUGCAGCGAGUUCCUGAAACAUCCGGUUGAUGGCUCCACGUACUCAGGAGGCCAUGACCAUCGGAGGAGGAACUAUAUAGUUUAGAACGUUGUUUCAUUUAUCAGCGGUGGAGCCUCAUGGUCAUGGAGGUCCAUACCGGACCUUGCAGCAACGGGGUGACAGUGAGCCCCAUUAUUAAUUAAUUAAUUCACCAUGGAUUCGUACACCUGUGACACAUUUUUUCGUUUAUUUCUAAAUAUAAGACGUCUUUGACAGACAAGACGUCUUAUAUUUAGAAAAAUUUAAUACUUUACAUUAAUGUCCGC